AUGCCAGAUUGUCUUCCUGGGAAAUGUAGUCCGCACCGUCACUUCGUUACAUGUUUCUGGAAACGUUCGUCGGAGAAGAAAAACUACAAAACUGACCGGCUAUCGUUAGGAGGUCUGUUCCGGUUUUCUGUCUGCCAGCAGGCAGCCAAAAUGUUGGCCGUCCUGUCUGUGCUGUUUUUAUACCUUUAUAAUCCGGUUAGCGGCGUUUUUCAGAAACUUUACUGCACCAUAUCAGACAGCUGUGAGUGCGAUUUUAAGCCGAAUAUCAAAGACCUGGAGUGGGACCUUUACAAGAAUGUUUAUGGACAACAUCUGGCCCAAGACAUAGUGUCGGAGGAGGUGGCAAAGUUUCUUAAGAAUAAAAGCCCCGACCGGCCCCUGGUGCUUUCCUUCCAUGGCUCCUCUGGGACAGGAAAGACGUUGGUCAGCUCCAUGCUGGGAAAUCAUUUGUACAGCUCAGCGAUGAGUAGCCCGUACGUCCAUCAGUUUGUUCCGACGCUACACUUCCCCUUACCUGACCGGGUCAAGGAGUACAGGGAGGAGCUGAAGAGCUGGGUGCAGGGGAAUCUUACGGAGUGCGCUCGCUCUGUCUUCUUUUUUGACGAGAUGGAGAAGAUGCCCCCAGGUCUCAUUGACGUCUUGGAGCCCUUCCUGGGGCCCUCCCAUGUUGUGUUUCGCACCAACUACCGCAAGGCCAUCUAUGUCUUCAUUGGAACCACAGGAGAGGAAGUGAUUAACAAAAUGGCUCUGGAGAACCGGCAGGCUGGACUGGACAGAGAGGAAAUCAAGUUGGCAGACUUGCAGGAAGCCAUCGCACAAACGGUUUACAACAGCAACACAAGCGGCUUCUUCCACUCCAGCAUCAUCCAGCAGAAGCUCAUCACCCGCUUCGUUCCCUUCCUGCCGCUGAGCCGACGCCACGUGGAGCGCUGUGUACGCUCUCAGCUCUGCCAGCGGGGCAGCUGCGCCCGCAGUGACGUAGUGGAGGCAGUAGGGGCCGACAUGAUCUACACUCCCGUCCAGGGACAGUACUUCUCCUCUACCGGCUGCAAGGCUGUCCCCGCCAAAAUCAACCUCUUCCUGUGAGUCAUGGGACGAACUGUUUGUUGAUAUUUAAGGACUGAAAGGGAGACUCAUUCUGAGGACAGUCGGUGACAAGAUACAGAUCUCUGAGUCUGUUUGAAUCAGUUUCUCCCUCAUGGAGGUCACAGCAGCAUCUCUGGAGUAGGCAGGGAUUCAGAGUCGGGGGGGGUGGCUGAACUCACUACCCCCAUAUUCAAAGCCAUUUUUGUGCUGUCAGUGCUGAGUUUCUCUAAAGGCAUCGCUGCUGGUGCAGUCGGUACACGUCCUAUUGAGAGCACAGGAGAGUUUAUUCCCUGAGCGUUAUUCAGUGUCCAACCUGGAGUCCCGUCGCGCUCUACCUCAAACCCAAUUCUGCCUUUUAAUUUAUGAACUUAUGAAGUUGGUACAUUUCACAUUACAGUUGCUGUUGGUUUGCCAUCAGCGGUCAUCAAUGAAUUUGUUUUUAAGCCUAUUUAUCCAGUAUUUAUUUCCAUAACACCAGCCUCUUUUCACAUUCAUACAGUCAUACUAUUCACUGCGGGAAGCUUCCCAGUCUGCCCACAGGUGUCCACAGCAGAUCCUACCUGGAACAGCCAGAGCGUCUCUUUCCAGCCUCCUCUGUUAGCCCACUAACAGCAGUAGAAAGGAGCUCAGCCUCUUUUCUCACUGAUGCAGAUCAUCUGUUUUGACGUAACAGUUUGUGAGUUUUACUAAAAGGGAUCAGGAGUCUUAUAAAACAAAGCUGCUAAGAGUUCCUGAAUGCAGCAGUUAGAGAGGGAGUUGAAAUUUUGUUUUGUACUUCUAAGAUGUCCCCCAAACAAUUGGUAUCUUGAUUAUGAUGCAUUGUGGCUUUAUUUUUUUUUUUUAAGAGGGUUGGGAUGUGAACUCACUCAGCUUGUGUAAAAGUGAAAAAAAAAAAAACCUUUUAGAAUAAAAAAUACAAGGUUUUCACUUUGAGUGAUUAGGAUGUAAGUCCAUGUAAGAUGAGAAAUAUACCAGAGCUUUAAGAAAGGAAUUUAGGGCAGGUGUUUUAGCUCAUUCCAUCAUCAGUUUUGAACCAAUAAUUAUAAUAAUAUCUACCAAUACAAGUCCUUUAAUAAGAGCUAAGUUAUCAUCAAAAUAUCAACUCCCUCAAUAAAUGCAUCUAAUGACCUCUAAAUAAUCAGUAUAACACAUCAUCCAAACUAAAUACAGUAUGUAUUGAAAUUGAACCAUGUCUUAUAGUAUUUUUCUUCUCUGGAGACUGGACUUAAGGACUGAAGAGUACCAUGUCUGUCAUAUCUGAUGCAGAAGAUGAUGGAGAUUUUACUUGAAUAUAGUAUCGCUUUAGUGCUGUCCAACAGGGUUGAUGUCAUAGCUUUGAGUACAUCAUCAUAUCUGCCACCAGGUGGCACUAAAGGCUUCUUUUAGCCAUGAGUGGAAGAGGUGAAGCAGAGUUCACCUAUAGCUCUGUGCAUUUUAAUUCACUUCAUCUCCUAUGAGUGAGUUCAGUUAAAAAUGAUAUUUGUUUCUUUAAUGUAGAAUGUCUUGCCUGUGUGUUUAAACACAAUCAAAGUGCACUUUACCUUCAUGGAGGAUAAAAUUAAUCUGAUUUAUUAUUGAGAAAAAACUUUGUCUCACUCUGUGAAGGCAAAGUGUGUGAUGAGAAGUCAGUAUGCACCUGCCCAAAUGAAUACUGUAGUUGCCAUGAGUUUGAAUUGUUUAUGACUAAUUAAUGAUUGUAACCCAUUAAUAAUUUGUUGUAUUAAAUGACGGCUGCAGCAGAGAGUCAGACAAUUAAAAUGCAAUGAAAAUGAUGCUUAAUUGAAUUGACAAGUGCAGUACUGUGCAGUGUUGGAGCAAAGACACAUGGACAUAGAAACAGACUGAAUAUUGACACACAAUGCACAGUCUGAGAUAUACAGGCCUUCUAUAUUGUUCAGUCAGCGGUGUCAACAUUUUCUAAAUGAAACCAUCAGUUUUUAGUUUAAUUUCUCUCCUUCCAGUAAACAGAGAAGGUAGCCUGUAAACUUCCACCAGACUCAAGUGCAAGUAUCACUUGUUUUUGGAAUGUAGAUUUAACUGUGUACAGAAGCCAGGCCGUGAGAGUAUUAGUGGCAGACUUCUUACCCUGUCAUAGUAAAAGAUAUGAUCUCCCCUUCAAGAUACAGCAAUCAUUAUCAGAAGUUCCUGUUGGUUUUCUUUUUGAACACUUCUGGCCUCUUCCAUAGGUUACCUGACCACUGAGUUUCCAGUUUCAGCCUCUGAAGUGCCUGGGUGUUGCUUACACUAAAGCCAAAUGCAACUUCUGGUACUUCAGUGUGAUGAAAAAAUAAAAAUUCCAAUAGCAAACAAAA